CAAGCGUGGCCAAGCACCAAUCUUACUCGAGUCUUGGCACUCUGGCAUUACAUCCAGAUCCAAUCUCUCUCUCUCUCUCUCUCUCUCUCAAGUGAAAUUCUUAUCAAAUUGCAGAGAUCAUCCAACACAAUAAUCUUGAAUCCUUGAUGGCUACUGUGGUGGAAUUGAAGGUAGGCAUGCAUUGUGAUGAAUGCAUCAAGAAGAUCAAGAAAGCCAUCAAGAAAAUCGAGGAUAUUGAGUCGUAUAACCUUGAUACAAGGCUCAACAAGAUCACUGUGACGGGUAACGUUACAACAGAGGAGGUAAUCAGAGUGCUUCAGAAGAUUGGGAAGACGGCGACUUCAUGGGAUCAAGAAUAAAAAUUUAGAGCCCUACCCUCUUGGAAGGACUAUGUGGAGGAUGGUGGUUUUAAAUUUAUUGGAGGAGGAUUGCUCUAGAUAGAUUUUAUUAUUAAUUAGAAGAAAGAAGUCAAACUAGAUGUUCUUAAUAAUUCAACAAUAGCACUAUAUCCAUAUAGCGGUCAUAAGUUUGUAUCCACAGACAUGUAUUUGUGUUUAUAAAUAAAUAAGAUAAUAUUAGUAGAGAUUUUUGGAGGUGCAGGUGGGGUGGGUUGGACAUGGACUGAAGAUAUUUACGA